UGCGUUAUAGUAGCGCCAAAAUGGAACUUGGAGAAAGGCUGAACUGCUCUGCACACACCUAUCCGUGAGCCUUCGGGGCCAUAGUGGAGAAACAGGUCCCUGAGGUACUCCCGAAGCUCAGACUGGGCCCCGCGUGGGGACGUCAAGAGAGCUGCAGCUGAAGGGAACUACGGGACUUGGCAGGGGUCACUUGAGGAUAUUGGGGUCUCCUUUGAGCCCCGCCCAGCUUCUCCCCGAAGGGAAGGGAGAACUGGCCGGGCGGAUCCGCUCCUACCCAGGAGUCGGUCGGCCCGCAUGGGAAGUAGGACGACUUUGGGAUCUCUAUCCUUUGCCUAAGACAUGAAUGGAGAGUAUAGAGGCAGAGGUUUUGGACGAGGAAGAUUUCAAAGCUGGAAAAGAGGAAGAGGUGGUGGGAGCUUCUCAGGAAAAUGGAGAGAAAGAGGACACAAACCUGACUUGAGUAAAACGACAGGAAAACAUGCUUCUGGUAGGGGAGAACAAACCUCACAAUCUUUGCUACUACAGUCAACAUUAGAUCAGUUCAUACCGUAUAAAGGCUGGAAGCUUUAUCUUUCUGAAGUUUACAGUGAGAGCUCUCCUUUUAUUGAGAAGAUCCAAGCAUUUGAACAUUUUUUUACAAGGCGUAUUGAUUUAUAUGAUAAGGACGAAAUAGAAAGAAAGGGAAGUAUUUUGGUGGAUUUUAAAGAAUUGACGGCAGACGACGAAAUAGCUAAGUUGAUACCAAACAUAGGAAAUGAAUUAAGGGAUGCACCUGAGAAAACCUUGGCUUGCAUGGGUCUGGCAAUACAUCAGGUGUUAACUAAGGACCUCGAAAGGCAUGCAGCUGAAUUACAAGCCCAAGAAGGAUUGUCUAAAGAUGGAGAAACUAUGGUCAAUGUGCCACAUAUCCAUGCAAGGGUAUACAACUAUGAGCCCUUGACACAACUCAAGAACGUCCGAGCAAAUUACUACGGAAAAUACGUGGCUCUGAGAGGGACAGUGGUUCGUGUCAGUAACAUAAAGCCUCUUUGCACCAAGAUGGCUUUUCUUUGUGCUGCAUGUGGAGAAGUUCAGAGUUUUUCUCUUCCAGAUGGAAAGUAUAACCUUCCCACAAAGUGUCCUGAGCCUACAUGUCGAGGGAAGUCUUUCACUGCUCUCCCUAGCUCCCCUCUCACAGUGACGAUGGACUGGCAGUCAAUUAAAAUCCAGGAGCUGAUGUCUGAUGAUCAACGAGAAGCAGGUCGGAUUCCACGAACAAUAGAAUGUGAGCUUGUUCACGAUCUUGUGGAUAGCUGCGUUCCAGGAGACACGGUGACUAUAACUGGAGUGGUCAAAGUCUCAAACGCCGAAGAAGGUUCUCGAAAUAAGAAUGACAAGUGUAUGUUCCUUUUGUACAUUGAAGCAAAUUCUGUAAGCAAUAGCAAAGGACAGAAAUCAAAGGCUUCUGAGGAUGAGUGUAAGCACGGAACAGUGCUGGAGUUCUCACUUAAAGAACUUUAUGCCAUCCAAGAGAUUCAAGCUGAGGAAAACCUGUUCAAACUCAUUGUCAACUCACUUUGCCCUGUCAUUUUUGGCCAUGAACUUGUUAAAGCAGGUUUGGCAUUAGCACUGUUCGGAGGAAGCCAGAAAUAUGCAGAUGACAAAAACAGAAUUCCCAUUCGGGGAGACCCGCAUGUCCUUGUUGUUGGAGAUCCAGGCUUGGGAAAGAGUCAGAUGUUACAGGCGGUAUGCAGUGUUGCUCCACGUGGUGUGUAUGUGUGUGGUAACACCACAACCACCUCUGGUUUGACUGUAACUCUCUCAAAGGAUAGCUCCUCAGGAGAUUUUGCUUUGGAAGCUGGUGCCCUGGUACUUGGUGAUCAAGGUAUUUGUGGAAUAGAUGAAUUUGAUAAAAUGGGAAGUCAGCAUCAAGCCUUGUUAGAAGCCAUGGAACAGCAAAGUAUCAGUCUCGCAAAGGCUGGCAUGGUUUGUAGCCUCCCUGCAAGAACUUCUAUUAUUGCGGCUGCAAACCCAGUUGGAGGACAUUACAAUAAAGCCAAAACAGUUUCUGAGAAUUUAAAAAUGGGGAGUGCCCUGCUAUCCAGAUUUGAUUUGGUCUUUAUCCUGUUAGACACUCCCAAUGAGGACCAUGAUCACUUACUCUCUGAACAUGUAAUUGCAAUAAGAGCUGGAAAGCAGAGAACUGUUACCAGUGCCACAGUAGCUCGUCUGAAUAGUCAAGAUUCAAAUACUUCUGUACUUGAAGUGGUUUCUGAUAAACCAUUAUCAGAAAGACUAAAGGUGGUUCCUGGAGAAACAAUAGAUCCAAUUCCCCACCAGCUAUUGAGAAAGUACAUUGGUUACGCUCGUCAGUAUGUCUAUCCAAGGUUAUCUGUGGAAGCUGCUCAAAUUCUUCAAGACUUUUACCUUGAACUCCGGAAACAAAGCCAGCGAUUAAAUAGCUCACCAAUCACUACUAGGCAGCUGGAAUCUUUGAUUCGAUUAACAGAGGCACGAGCGAGGUUGGAAUUGAGAGAGCAAGCAACCAAAGAAGAUGCUGAGGAUAUCGUUGAAAUUAUGAAAUAUAGCAUGCUGGGAACUUACUCUGAUGAAUUUGGGAACCUAGAUUUUGAGCGAUCCCAGCACGGUUCUGGAAUGAGCAACAGAUCAGCAGCAAAAAGAUUUAUUUCUGCUCUCAACAACAUUGCUGAAAGAACUUACAAUAAUUUAUUUCAGUUUCAUCAACUUCGACAAAUUGCCAAAGAGCUGAACAUUCAGGUUGCUGAUUUCGAAAAUUUUAUUGGAUCACUAAAUGAGCAAGGUUUUCUCUUGAAAAAAGGCCCCAAGGCUUAUCAGCUUCAAACUGUGUAAAAGGACUACCAAACUAGAACCUCCUGGGUUUAUUAGCAAUUUAAAGCCAACCCAAGAAUGAAGAGUAUUCAGAAAAAUACUGUUCUGAAAAAUGACAUUCCAAAAGUAAUAGGAAAGGAGUGCUGAACCAAUUUAAAAAGUGAUAGUCGUUUGUUAAUUUUUACAACUUCUAUUAAGUUAAAAAUAUGUUGUUUAUAUUUUUUAUCUAAAUGAUGUAAUUAUAAACUAUAGUUUUGUUAUUGACCUUUUAUUCUUAUACUUGACAGUUUUACACAUCAAGUGUCCAUUUGGGGAAGCAUUCACAGUCACGUUUUCCCUGCCCCCUCUUCCUGCCACAGUGCACCCCACGUGCCCCAGUCUCCGAUCUGGGGAGCAUGCUCCGCACAAAGUUACUGUUUAAUGUUGAAAAAGUUCUGCAACAAAAAAAUGAAUUUAUAUCUUUCAGAAAUAAAUUGAAACUUUAUUUAUCUUAACAUCUUAGUUACUGAAACAUUUUUAAAAUGUACUUUAUUACUAAAGAUAAACAUACUUACUUUAAGUAAAUAACUGUGCAAGACUUAUAUUAAAACCUAUACUUUCCAUACUUCCACACUCCCUAAUUUUCUGCUCAAUCUCAACUGUGUUCCUAUUUAUCUCCAUUUUUCUAAAGGACAUG